CCGAUCCCCAGCCAUUCCCCCAAUUUGUAUCUGGCGCGAGGUUUUUCCGCGGAGGAGAGAUGAUCGACGACGGUUCGCCUCUUGCGGUGGCGAUGGAGGUGGAAGAGUCUCCGGCGGCGGCGAUUGCACCGAGAGAACCACCGAAGAUUCAACGCCUAGAGGAAUCAGUGGUCAACCGUAUCGCAGCGGGUGAAGUAAUCCAGCGCCCAGUUUCGGCGGUGAAGGAGCUCGUCGAGAACAGCCUCGACGCUGAUUCAAGUUCCAUUAGCGUCGUUGUUAAGGACGGUGGCUUGAAGCUCAUUCAAGUCUCCGACGACGGCCACGGUAUUAGAUGUGAAGACUUGCCGAUACUAUGCGAGAGGCAUACAACAUCGAAGCUGACUAAGUAUGAGGAUUUGUUCUCUCUAAGCUCAAUGGGUUUUAGAGGAGAGGCACUAGCUAGUAUGACUUAUGUUGCUCAUGUUACAGUAACCACCAUUACUAAAGGCCAGAUUCAUGGUUACAGAGUGUCUUAUAGAGAUGGUGUGAUGGAGCAUGAACCAAAGGCGUGUGCAGCUGUUAAAGGAACACAGAUAAUGGUUGAGAAUUUGUUCUACAAUAUGAUUGCAAGAAGGAAGACACUUCAAAAUUCUGCUGAUGAUUAUGGAAAAAUAGUAGAUUUGCUGAGCCGUAUGGCAAUUCAUCACAAUAACGUGAGCUUUUCGUGUCGAAAGCAUGGAGCUGUCAAGGCUGAUGUUCACUCUGUUGUGUCGUCUUCGAGGCUUGAUUCAAUCAGAGCUGUUUACGGGGUAUCAGUUGCAAAGAACUUGAUCAAAGUAGAAGUUUCCUCUGGCGAUUCCUCCUCUAGUUGUACUUUUGAUAUGGAAGGUUUCAUAUCCAAUUCGAACUAUGUUGCUAAGAAGACUAUAUUGGUGCUUUUCAUUAAUGAUAGAUUGGUGGAAUGCUCUGCCUUAAAAAGAGCCAUAGAGAUUGUUUAUGCUGCAACAUUACCAAAAGCAUCGAAACCUUUUCUCUACAUGUCAAUCAAUUUGCCACGUGAUCAUGUUGAUAUCAAUAUUCACCCAACAAAGAAAGAGGUAAGCCUUUUAAACCAGGAGAUCAUGAUCGAGAUGAUACAGUCAGAGGUCGAAUUAAAACUGAGAAGCGCAAAUGAUACUAGGACGUUUCAAGAGCAGAAAGUGGAAUACAUUCAAUCUACGUUAACACCCUCAAGAAAAGAUGAUCCAGUUUCUCCGUUGCCUUCUGGACAAAAAACACCGAAAGUUCCUGUGCAUAAAAUGGUGAGAACAGAUUCAUCAGAUCCAGCUGGAAGGUUACAUGCCUUUUUGCAACCCAAGCCCAAUAAUCUCCCUGACAAGAUUUCCAGUUUGAAUGCAGUAAGGUCGUCGAUAAGACAAAGAAGAAACCCAAAGGAAACUGCUGAUCUUUCUAGUGUUCAAGAACUUAUUACUGGUGUUGACAACUGCUGCCAUCCAGGUCUGCUGGAGACUGUAAGGAAUUGCACAUAUGUUGGAAUGGCAGAUGAUGUUUUUGCUUUAGUUCAGUAUCAAACCCAUCUAUAUCUAGCAAAUGUGGUGAACCUCAGCAAAGAGCUCAUGUAUCAGCAAACUCUUCGCCGUUUUGCUCACUUUAAUGCUAUACAGCUUAGCGAUCCAGCCCCUCUGUCUGAGUUGAUAUUGUUGGCUCUGAAAGAGGAGGAUCUGGAUCCUGAAGAUGGUGAAAAGGACCAUAUGAAAGAAAGAAUCGCUGAAAUGAAUACAGAACUACUCACGGAAAAAGCGGAAAUGUUAGAGGAGUAUUUCAGCGUUUAUAUCGACUCCGAUAGAAACUUGUCACGUCUUCCUGUCAUACUCGACCAGUAUACACCUGACAUGGAUCGUGUUCCCGAGUUUUUACUAUGCUUGGGAAAUGAUGUGAAGGGUAACGUAGAGAUGGAGCCAGCUCUUGAGCAAGACCUUAUCUCAGAUGCUGAAAACGCAUGGGCGCAGCGUGAAUGGUCAAUCCAACACGUGUUGUUUCCUUCUAUGAGAUUGUUCUUAAAGCCACCUGCCUCCAUGGCUUCAAAUGGGACUUUUGUAAAGGUAGCAUCCCUUGAAAAGCUUUACAAGAUAUUCGAACGAUGCUAAUUUUGAAGAUGGAAGUUUUGAUAUGUGUAGGCUCCCUGUUGCUCUUAAACUAUGUUUACAGACUGAACCAGUUUAUGGUUUAACCAAACUGUGGCACGCAAUGAUAAUAAUCAAACUCGAUCCUUACUGUGACUUAUCCUCGUCAAUAGAUUAGACCUUCUCUGGCAUGAGUCGUGCAAACGAACGUUCACCAGAAUCUUUGUCCUGUAUCUUGUGAAAUCUCUCGAAUAGAAGCAGUUUGAAAAGAGAAAGUGAGAGACAUAGAAAUAGCCCGACGAAGCGUUUGUCGUCCCUGAGAGAAACCGCUUCUCUCGCUCCCAACGCUGCCGCUUCUGUAGCCCUCUCUCGAACUCCUGGCUUGUGGGUCCGUUCUCGGAUCUUGAAAGCUAUCGCCCGGUUUAAGAGACAGAUUUGCACGGCAGACCGGACACGUGGAACGAGAAGAGAGCCACACGUCGAUGCAACUAACAUGGAAAGUGUGGCUACAAGGAGGCAUCCAACGUAACGGUUCUUCAUCUUCAAACUCGU